AUGUUUGGCUAUUCUUUCCAUGAUUUCCCUGAGGACAUACCCUACGAACCUGCUCCAGCUUCACCUGUCGGUCCGCCGCUCCUUAAUGAUACCGAAUCGAACAUGCUUGAUAAUUUCCUCACCACGAUAAACACUAACCCUUUCUCGAACGACUUCUGGUUUCCGGCCUCGCAAAAUGACACGAACGGCACUUUCCUCUCGGGCUUUGACUGGUCAAAUGAACUGCCGCCAACGUUCGAAGGCUCUACCUCUUCCCUUCCUCCUCUUCACCCGCCGUCAUUCUCUCAUCGGAGCGUUGAAAAGUCCUUUGGAAAUAUGCCCGAGCAGCCGAACCCGGAAGUAGUGAGUGCCGCGUCUAUGCUCUUCCAGAACGGGAUGAACAACAGCGAGACCAACUCCGCUUAUGGGAAUCAACCGCUCGCAUUCUCUAAUGUCGACUACUUACAACUCAAUGGGACCGGUAAAGAGCGGCAACACACUGGCCAUAUGCCGGACAGGCGGACCAGCGUAUCCUCUAGAGCACAUAUAUCAGCUGGGUAUCACACUACGGAAAUGUUCUUCGACGUGCAAGAGCCAAUCUCAGCUGAGCGACAAAUGACCGCCAAAGUCCAGCCAUUGCACUGGGGCUCCGAUUCUAGCUUCAUGGAUAGGGGAUAUGUGGCGCCUCCUGAUCAGCCUGAUGAGGAACAACGGACGAAGGAAAUGAUGGAGAAAUUACAAUGCCUAGAACGACAAAGCAGCGCCGCCAAUACACGACCACCGACGCCGGAUCGUCGUGUAAGCCAUCAAACUAUUCCGUUCGAAUCUGAAGCGAUCAAUCAGAACAGCGGAUUGCGAAAAGACUACGUCGACAGCAUAGAAGACUUGUCGCAUCCGAAGAAGAAACAAAGACUAUUGGUCAAAGAGGAAGACGAUGAAAUUUCUGAUGGGAUUACUUCCAAGCAACGGACAAAACGCUCCAAGGGCUCUGGUAGACGACUCUCCACUGACACAGUUCGCAAGUCGAGACCAUCACAAAGCUCAAAGCCCCGAGAGAACUUGACAGAAGAGCAAAAACGAAGCAAUCACAUACACUCAGAACAGAAGCGGAGAAACCUCAUCAAACAAGGGUUUGAUGAUCUGUGCACACUUGUUCCCGGGUUAAGAGGUGGGGGAUUCAGCAAGAGCGCUGUGCUCACCCAGGCCGCCGACUGGCUGGAGGAUAUCAUAACAGGCAAUGAGCAGCUGAAAAAGCAACUGGACAUAAUGUUGCUUUCAAAUGGCAGGAACAAUCUGAUGAGAUGA